UGUAACAUCAGUGUGAGAGACAUCAUACACUCCCAGUAUACAGACCAGGUAAGGUUUACAUGUCUCCCUCUUCUCUUGUACUAAAUAAUGUCUGUACUCUCACAUUGGAACACUCAUCUUCAUAAUGUAUUACUUUUAGUUUCAGAACACUCUAUCUGAUGUGUGAUUUGUGUCUGUUCCAGUGGUACACUCUGAAUGAUGUGAAGUCUGGUCGUGUUCACCUGGUACUGGAGUGGGUACCUACAGUAUCAGAACCAGACAGACUGGAUCAGGUCAGUUCUAUUUCUCUCCUCUCUGUCUCUACAAAUGUUGUGUUUUUCCCCCUUCUACUUUUGCCCUAUCUCUCAUUCUAUUACUAGUUUUUAACCUUUUAACCAUCUGUUUUGAUGUUAUUCCAAUGUGAUUUAACUCUGACCUCCCCAUGUUCCAGGUGCUGCAGCUGCAGUCUCUCCAGUCCUACCAGAACAAGGCUGUUCCCUCUGCUGCUCUCCUCUUCGUCUACAUGGACAGAGCCCACUCACUGCCUGUGAGUCACCUCAGACACUGAGCCACUUUGAACUUAUGAACCCUGGCAUUGGGUUGUUGUCAUUGGGUCUGUUGUCUUUUGCAGCUGUAAUAUGGGUUAAGCACAGAUGUUGCUUUUUUAUUUUGUCUAGUGUCUCCCAUUUGACUGUUGUAUUGUGUGAUCUUUGUGUUUCUAGUUUAAGAAGAGUGGGAAGGAGCCAAAGGCUGGGGCUGAGCUAGUUCUGGGGAAGACAACCUACAGAACCAAGGUGAGAUACAGUACAUGUAGCUAGCGCUGAAAUGUUUGACUUGUAACAGGAUCUGCCGUGAAAGUAAACGUAUUUGUCUCUCUGAAGGUGUGUGAUCGCACCAACUCCCCCCAGUGGGAUGAAGCUUUCUACUUCCUGGUUCGUGACCCCAGAGAGGAGAUACUCAUAGUGAAGGUGAGAGUUCAGUCUGCUUUAGGAUGGAGUCGCUAAACAUGGAUAAUGUAAUGAUCUAAACAAUCUAAACAUAAUGUCACUCACAAGGGGUGUAACGGUACACGUAUUCGUACCGAACCGUUCGGUAAAGGGACAUCUGUUCGGUCCGCACUGUGAACCCGAAUGAAUACAUAAAAAUAAAAAAAUGUACAAAAUAAAAACACUAGGGUUAUAUACACUGCUUUGUAGGCUUAUGCCUCUUGAGUAAAUCUGAGCUGAUAAAAUAUUUCAGGCUAUUCCAUUUAAACAACUAGAGCUAUGCGCACAUUGUAAUCAAAAUUAAAAUCUUAAUUGGCGCAUUUCAAAUUGUCCUUUUGUGAGGCGCAGACGGGAACUAGUUCUGUACGAUGGCGAGUGGUGGGGUCGAUAAACCAGAAUUCGAGGAUCCUCAAUCAUCAUUUAAAUCUCCAGUUUGGGAACAUUUUGGAUUCCCAGUAGAUUACAACGGCGAUGGACAGAGAGUUGUGGAUAAAACAUUAACAGUAUGUCUUUACGCUCAACGAGAAUAGCCUAUGCAGCUUCCAACACCUCAAAUAUGUUGACACAUUUACGCCGACAUCACCGCAGUAUACCUGAGUAAGACAGAAAUGCAAAGAAACAACAUCACAACAUUGUCUCCCCUCUGCAUUCAAACAACCCUUGGCAGCUGAUUUUGACCGGGCCAAAGAAAUUACAAGAGUGAUGUUAUGUUUAUAAAUUUUUUUACAGUCUUUGGUUUAUAGCCUUGGAUAUGCACCCAUUCUCCAUGUUUGAGAAUCGGGGGUUUCAGCACCUCGAGAAAGUGCUCGAGACACUUUAAGAACUUCCCUCUUGCACCCAUUACAGCAAACAGGUAGUACCAGCUCUAUAUAAGCAAGCCAAAGCCGAAGUUUUCAAUGAAUUGGCCAAUGCAUCCUGUGUUGCGCUUACUACAACAGUGACAGCCCAUCACAUUACCCCGGAGUGGGAGAUGUACUGUGCUACAGAGUCACAAGUGCGCACCUGGCACUGAAGGAGGCAGUGUCAUGGUGCGUUCGUAACCAAGUGGGAAGUGGGAUUUUACCACAUACGACUGGGAAAAAUCCACUUGAAUGGCCCUCCAACUAGUAAUUACUAGUGGGAAACUUGUCUAUCAUCCUGAGCACCCACUUCACCCACAUGGUGACCUCUGACGUAACCUACUAAGGAAAUGCCUCUAUAACAGCAUUUUCAGGAGUUAAAUGCCACAACAAAACAUUAUUUAUAAAAAGCUAUCGAUUAUUGUGGUUUUUUAACUAUAUUUGUUUACAAGCCUGAUAGCUAUACUAUUAGUUUAUGGUUGAUGUAGCUUGUUGGCCAUUAGCCAAUCGGCGUUUCUCAAAGAGUUCACAUGAAUGCAUCCAACUGGUAUUUACAUCUGGUAAAUUUCCACCUCCCACAACUUGAUAUGCCCAACAUAACAAUCCUGUAACAACAGACAAUGUCGGGAACAUUGUGAAUGCUGAACAUUGUGAAUGGCAUUUAAUUUUCCCACUGUACCGAAACCGAAUCGAACCAUGACCACCAAAACCACAAUAUGUACCGAACCAUGGGUUUGGUGAGCCGUUACACCCCAAUCACUUACUGUAAACAUCUUGCACAGUCACUGUUAAAUGCAAUUCAUCCACACAAAUCUCCCAUUCUACCCUUUUCUCUUUUCCUUUCUAAUUCGCUCUGUAUUUAUCUUUCUCUAGCUCUCCAGUGCUUGGGAUCAGGCAAUAGGUUCUCUGGUGGUACCAGUCAAAGAACUGCUGUCAGAACCAGAUCUGGUCCUGGAUCAGUGGCUGAGUCUGGAUGGAGCCUCACCUGACAGUCAGAUUUUACUGAGGGCUGAGCUUAAGGUGAAACACAUACACUCAUACUCGCACUCACACACAUCAACUAUCAAUCACGAUUUUGGAGUGUGGAACAAAAUGUGCCAUAUAGUACACAAAGUGCCAUUACAUUUACAUUAAUGUCAUUUAGCAGACGUUCUUAUCCAUAGCGACUUAUGCUAGUGAGUGCAUACAUUUUUGUACUGGUCCCCCGUGGGAAUCGAACCCACAACCCUGGCGUUACAAGCGCCAUGCUCUACCAACUGAGCCACACAGGACCUGUUAUGUACUUUACCUGCACCUGGCAGUCUAAUCUUGUCUAAAAACUAUUGGUAAGUAAUUAGUAGCAUGUUUUCAUUCACAGAUCCUGAACUCAAAGAUGACUGAGGGUGUUGGGGUACAACAAGGUCCAGAAACGAUUCCUCUUGGGAGAGACAGUGAGGAGCUAGUUACUGCGACCAAUGAGGAGGAGCAACACAGUGAGGUGCCCUCUGAAGAGUGAGUUUUGUCUUGGCCCCUCCCAAUAUUCAAAUUGUUGAAUUGUAAUUAUAAGUUGAUUGCAAAUGAAAAUGUAUGCAGUGUAGGGUUGUCAUGAUACUCAGAGGGAUCGUGGCAAGGAAACAAAACAUGAAGCGGACUCAAUUUCCUGAAGAAAACAGUCCAAAUGUUGCAAACAAGCAGCCUUAUGUUGUUCCUCAGAAUCACAUGUUUUUUUCCCUAAGUAUAGCACACAAUAUUUUACAUACAGCAGGUUUUUUAAAGGACCAAAGAGUUUAAUCUUCUUUGUGUUUUCCUUUUUGCCAUGGAAAAUCAGGUAUCGUAGUUUCGUGAUACUGGUAUCUGGACAACCCUAAUGCAGUGUAUGUAAAUUAUAAAACCCUUCAACAUGUGUGUCUCUUUGUGUGUAUUCUCAGGUCUGUUGCAGUCUCCAGCCAACCCUCUAUCUCAGAAUCUGAAGAAGAAGAGGUGGUCUUUAAGGCCGCCAAAGAAGACCCCAGCCCUCCUGAGACACUCCCCACACACACCAGCCCUGAUCCCAGCUUUGAUACUGAGGUGAGAUCCUGUCUGUAUAUGGGUUUCAUGAUACAUUCUGUGGAUGGAUUGUAUUGUGGAUGGAGUCAAUGUGUUUUUAUUGAAACCAAGAGUUUAUGUAUUAACGAGACAGAUUAUAAUAGAUUUUGAUAUGAAUUGCAUGACCGACUACAACUUUAUAGCUGCAGGUGAAAGUAUUGACAUGUGUUUUUGACCAACAGAUAGAGGAGUCAGAAGACGGUGAGGUGGAGGAACCUAUCACCAUCACCCAACAGUCAGUCACAGCAGACACUGAGGACCUCCAACCCUGGCAUGGGCCAACGGCAGGGUGAGCUCCAUUCAACAACGGAUGCAGAGAGCUUUUCAUGUGCUCUGACUUUGCAUAGACAAUCUUAAUUGUAGUCAAGCAACUCUAAACAUGUUGUGUGUGUGUUCCUGUGUGUGUAUACUCAGGUCUGGUAUAGAGGACAUUGCCAGAGCUACAGUGUCUAGCCUUCCCUCUGUGUCUGUACCUGAGGAAGCUGAGGCUAUGCCUGAUGUCUUCCUUGAAACACGCCCUCCUCACACCACCCCUAACCCCAGCUUUGGCACAGAGGUGGGUGCUUCACUGAAGGGACAACACAAAUACAUUACUUAGACCAAUAGUUUGAACCAAAAGGUAAAGGAUUAAACAUAAAAUGUGUCAAGAAAAUAUUUUUUAUUUUGAGAAUACUAGGAUGCCUUCAAAAAGGUGCUUGAGUGUCACUGGAGUUAUAUUGUUUGUCCUUUAGGGGGUGAUGAGAAUCCACCUACUGGAGGCCCAGGAUCUGGUUGCCAUGGAUAAGCUGAUGGGGGGCCUGAAGAAGGGCAAGAGUGACCCUUACGUCAAGAUCAACAUCGGAGGGGUCAAGUUUAAGAGUCUUGUGAUCAAGGAGAACCUCAACCCUACCUGGAACGAGAUGUAUGAGGUAUGGAGGGAGGUGUAGUUUACUCAGCUCAUCUCUCUAGGCCAGGGUGUUGGACAUUGUGCACAUUUAAAUGAGCAGUACAAUUUAUUGUGCGGUGCUGUAAAAAGUAAAAGCUAUACAUUUUAGAGUUUAGAGUAGAGAUUAUUGUUUGUAUGAGCUGCAGUGUCUCAGCUCAUGGAUCAUUAUGAAGGGUUUUGUCUAACGUAAAAAUGUAUCUGAGACCACUAGAAGUUUGUGACCUUUACACAUUUUCUUCCUUAUUAUCAUGUAAUAGUAUUCUUUAUGUGUGUAGUUUUGUUGUUACUGAUCUUUUCUGAUGUGUGUUUCCCAGACUGUGCUGACCCCCCAGGCUAGAGAGGAGAUCCAGGUAGAGCUGUAUGAUAAAGACAUUGACUCUGAUGACUUCCUGGGCAGGUGUGUUCUAACUGGUCAAAUAUACACUGUUUAAUCAGUAACCUGUUAUUGAUACUCAAGGGAUACGUCCCAAAUGGCACCCUAUUCCCUUUAUAGUCCACUACUUUUGACCAGAGCCCUAUGAGCCCUGGUCAAAAAUAGUGCACCAAGUGGGUAAAUAGUGCUAUUUGGGAUGCACACAAGAUAAGACGCACUGUCUUUAUGCACUUUUGCCUAAUGGUAGACGGCUUUACAAAGUUUUUCUACUAUUACGUAUCAAACAGAUCUAUAGUACCAGUCAAAAGUUUAGACACUCCUACUCAUUUAUUUUUACGAUUUUCUACAUUGUAGAAUAAUAGUGAAGACAUCAAAACUAUGAAAUAACACAUAUGGAAUCAUGUAGUAACCAAAAACGUGUUAAACAAAUCAAAAUAUAUUUUAGAUUCUUCAAAGUAGCCACCCUUUGCCUUGAUGACAGCUUUACACACUCUUGGCAUUCUCUCAACCAGCUUCAUGAGGAAUGAUUUUCCAAUAGUCUUGAAGGAGUUCCCACAUAUGCUGAGUACUUGUUGGCUGCUUUUGCUUCACUCUGCGGUCCAACUCAUCCCAAACCAUCUCAUUUGGGUUGAGGUCGGGUGAUUGUGGAGGCCAGGUCAUCUGAUGCAGCACUCCAUCACUCUCCUUGGACAAAUAGCCCUUACACAGCCUGGAGGUGUGUUUUGGGUCAUUGUCCUGUUGAAAAACAAAUUAUAGUCCCACUAAGCGCAAACCAGAUGGAAUGGCGUAUCGCUGUAGAAUGCUGUGGUAGCCAUGCUGGUUAAGUGUACCUUGAAUUCUAAAUAAAUCUGACAGUGUCACCAGCAAAGCACCCCUACACCAUCACACCUCCUCCUCCAUGCUUCACAGUGGGAACCACACAUGCAGAGAUCAUCUGUUCACCUACUCUGCGUCUCACAAAGACACAGCGGUUGGAAACAUAAAUCUCAUCAGUCCAAAGCACAGAUUUCCACCGGUCUAAUGUCCAUUGCGCGUGUUUCUUGGCCCAACCAAGUCUCUUCUUCUUAUUGGUGUCCUUUAGUAGUGGUUUCUUUGCAGCAAUUUGACCAUGAAGGCCUGAUUCACGCAGUCUCCUCUGAACAGUUGAUGUUGAGAUGUGUCUGUUACUUGAACUCUGUGAAGUAUUUAUUUGGGUUGCAAUCUGAGGUGCAGUUAACUCUAAUGAACUUAUCCUCUGCAGCAGAGGUAACUCUGGGUCUUCCUUUCCUGUGGCGGUCCUCAUGAGAGCCAGUUUCAUCAUAGCGCUUGAUGGUUUUUGCGACUGCACUUGAAGAAACUUUCAAAGUUAUUGAAAUGUUCUGGAUUGACUGACCUUCAUGUCUUAAAGUAAACUGGACUUGGUCUUUUACCAAACAAGGCUAUCUUCUGUAUACCACCCCUACCUUGGCACAACACAACUGAUUGGCUCAAACACAUUAAGAAGGAAAGAAAUUCCACAAAUUAACUUUUAAGAAGGCACAACUGUUAAUUGAAAUGCAUUCCAGGUGACUACCUCAUGAAGCUGGUUGAGAGAAUGCCAAGAGUGUGCAAAGCUGUCAUCAAGGCAAAGGGUGGCUACUUUGAAGAAUCUCAAAUAUACCAUAUAUUUUGAUUUGUUUAACACUUUUUUGGUUACUACAUGAUUCCAUAUGUGUUAUUUCAUAGUUUUGAUGUCUUCACUAUUAUUAUACAGUGUAGAAAAUAGUAAAAAUAAAGAAAAACCCAUGAAUGAGUAGGUGUGUCCAAACCUUUGACUGGUACUGUAUAUAAGAAGUCACAAGAAUCUAAUGCCAUUUUAGACAGUUGCCAAAAUGUUUUUGUGUGUACAGGUUUAUGAUCAGGCUGAGUGAUGUCAUUAGGUCCCAGUAUACAGACCAGGUGAGUCAGUGUCUUUAUACGGGAAGUCGGGGCAGAGUUUGGAAUUGAUUUCACUCCUCUGCCCUGUGGCACUCCCCUUUAUCACUUGCAAUAUACGUUUUGAUUGUGAGGUUAUUGCUGUUGUCACAGCCUAGCUUUACAUUCCACCUUUACUGGUUGUGCUAGAGUUGUGCACAGUCUAAUGCGUAUAUUUCUGUGUUCCAGUGGUACACGCUGAAUGAAGUGAAGUCAGGUCGUGUACAUCUGUUACUGGAGUGGGUACCUACAGUAUCAGAACCAGACAGACUGGAUCAGGUCAGUCCCACUCCUUUCUCAGUUUCUUCUGUCUCUCACAUCUCCUAUCUUUCCCUUUCAUUUUCUAUCUCUUUCACUAUGAGUUCAGUUCAGCAAUCUCUUUCCUCAAUCAGUCUCUCUCCAAAAAAGUAUUUAUAUUUGCAGAAAGCAGUUGAUUCACAUUCCAUAUCUCCUCCUAUGAGGCAUAACAGAGCACAGCAUUAGUAUCACAAGAUGUUUCAAUAUAUCUCUUUCCUCCACAACCUCCAGGUGCUGCAGCUGCAGUCUCUCCAGUCCUACCAGAACAAGGCUGUUCCCUCUGCUGCUCUCCUCUUUGUCUAUAUGGACAGAGCCCACUCACUGCCUGUGAGUCACCUUUGACCUUUUACCUCUGAUGGGGUUCUGUUGUCAUGUUACCAUGAUCUUGAUAGCCUACUGUCAUCUGAUGUUUGUGAUAAACUGUGAUUUUUCACUUGGUUAUUUUCUCUUGUGUAGUUUGUUUCAUUGCUGAUACAUUACCUCACCAUAAUAGUCUUACAUUAUCUUUUUUUCUCUCUUAUCAGUUAUGUGACUAAGUGACCUAGAGUGACCUUUAUUUGUGUUUCUAGUUAAAGAAGAGUGGGAAGGAGCCAAAGGCUGGAGCUGAGCUAGUUCUGGGGAAGACAACCUACAGAACCAAGGUGAGACAGCUUACAAUAUCAUGCUUGUAAUUUGUCUUAGAUUGACCAACUAACAUCUAUUUUCCCUAUCACUCCUCUAUCUCUCUUAAGGUGUGUGAUCGCACCAACUCCCCCCAGUGGGACGAGGCUUUCUACUUCCUGGUUCGUGACCCCAAAGAAGAGAUGCUUAUAGUGAAGGUGAGUGGUUGUUUGAGUGUCAUUGCAAGCACUUUGCUUUCUCUUGCGUCACUCAUUUACAACAAAAUACAAAUUAUUUAUUGUCCAUUCAGGUGGACAUUUUGUUAAGGUCAGCAGCAGGUCAGAAAUUUAAGGGUGUCUCAUUCUCUCUCUCUAUCUCUCUAUUGUGGUCCUCUGUAGCUCAAUUGGUAGAGCAUGGCGCUUGUAACGCCAGGGUAGUGGGUUCGAUCCCCGGGACCACCCAUACGUAAAAAUGUAUGCACACAUGACUGACUUUGGAUAAAAGCGUCUGCUAAAUGGCAUAUUAUUAUUAUCUCUACAUGUAGCUCUCCAGUGCUUGGGAUCAGGCGAUGGGUUCUCUGGUGGUACCAAUCAGAGAGCUGCUGUCAGAACCAGAUCUGGUCCUGGAUCAGUGGCUACGUCUGGAUGGAGCCUCACCUGACAGUCAGAUUCUACUGAGGGCUGAGCUUAAGGUGAAACACACACACACACACUUCUGUAUCCUCUAUUGUUUCUAUUGAAAUUAUUACUUACAAAAUGUAUCUUUCAACAGAUUCUGGACUCUAAAAUUGUGGAGCUGAUAGGUCAAGGAACUCUGCCGUGCGCUGCAGGAAACUGUGGGCAGGUGAAGCUGUCUCUUUCCUAUGCCUCAAAGGAGAAGAAACUCACCAUUGCAGUCCAUGCCUGCAGGUCUGCAUCUGAGUGUCUGCAUCAUUCAUAACUCCAUCUUUUCAUAUAGCAAGAGCACAGAGUUUGUCAUUGUCAGGUCACAUGAUGGUCUGCAAACACUACUGCCCCCUACAUAUAGGCUAGCUUUGAACUCACUGCUAAAGAAAGUGUCCAUUCCUGUAAUGAUAUCCCUAUUGUAUAUUUUCAACAAAUUCCUCAUACUGUACCUCUUUCUCUUACUUUACCAAUUGACCACACUGGUUUUUAAGGCCAUGGAUCAUGUUAUAUGUUGUGUGUGUGUUUCUGUAUAGGGGUCUGGAGUCCUCCAGUAAGGAUGGUCUAGACACCUACAUCUCGCUCAUGCUGCUGCCAGACAAAACCAAGGCCACCAAGAGGAAGACAAGUGUCAAGAAGAGAGACCUGAACCCAGAAUAUAACGAAAGGUGUGAGAUGUUAUGUGUGUGUGUCUCACUGCCAACUGGGUCAUUUGAACCUAUCUGUGUUAAAUGGCGGCAGAGUGUAACAGUAUUGUCCCUGCCCCUCUGUGUAGGUUUGAGUUUGAUCUGUCUGUGGAGGAGGCCAGGCGCAGGCGUCUGAGUGUGUCGGUGAAGAACAGCUCAGCCUCCUUCAGGAGCAGCGAUAUCAUUGGACAGGUCAGCCUGGGCUUGGAUUACUGCAUCUUCUUUUAUGGCUAUAUUUUACUCAUCAUACUACACUGUAUCAGCUGGGUAGCUUUGGAGUAAACAUGGGUGUCUGUACAUGUUUUUUUUCUUUCUCACCUGGUGCAAAUGAUGACUCAUGCUUCUGUUCCACCCAUGCAAUAUCAUGUCAGUAUUAUGCAAAUUACACUUGUUUUGAAUGCUGUGUAUAGUAAUAUAUGUUUCUACCAAACUUCUUCUUUCAGGUGCACAUAGAGCUGGCUCAGAUUGACAUGGCCUCUGGAGUCACAGAAUGGUGAGUAGUAGCCAUAAAACCGGUAGCAUUUGACUAAUUGAUUGAUUGCGCUAACGAAGGUCGGUUGACCGACAGUUUAGCCAUAAUACACAAUUUUUACGCUGUUAUUAUGUGUGCGUCUUCUCGUUGGAGUAGUAGCCAUACAAAAUGAUUGAUUAAUUAAUUAAACCACCUUUUUUUUUUUUUUACUAUAACCCUUCCACAGGUUUGACUUGAAAGAGGAGGCUGAA